UCUCCUGUUGGUGGCGGGCAAUCCCCCUCUUCCAGCAUCCUAAUAUCUGCCACCACUCAGCUGACCGGAGGGGAGAAGGAAUUUCUUCUGAAAGAAGGAAACCUGAGCAGAGGAGCUGUGGAUAUGAUUGGAGACCUUUUGAAUCUUGAACCUAUCUUCCAUAGAUCAUUUUACAGCUUCAUCUUGGGAGAAGUUAUGGUCCCUAUGAAUGAUCAUUUUGACGAAAUCACUGGCGGGUUUGACCAACUGCCCAAGGCCUUCUUCAAGGAAAUGCCUGGGAUAGUACAUUUUAACUCAAGAGUACAGAAGGUUAUCCAAUCAGGCAAGAAAGUAAGGGUGUGGUUUCACCAGGCAGAUAAAUCUACCUUAUCAUCCAUGACUGCUGACUACGUCCUCAUUACAGCUACUACAAAAGCUACACGGCUCAUCAAAUUCCUUCCUCCUCUUUCCCUGACAAAAGCUCAUGCUCUGCGUUCCUUUCAUUAUACAAGUGCCACUAAAAUUGCCUUGGCUUGCACCGAGAAAUUUUGGGAGAAAGAUGGGAUUCGAGGUGGGCGGUCAAUUACAGAUCUCCCCUCCAGGACCAUCUACUACCCAAAUCAUAACUUUUCCAGUGGGCUGGGGAUAAUCUUGGCUUCUUAUACCUUGCAUGAUGCUGCUGACUUUUUUGUUCCCCUCAGUGAGGAAAAGUGCAUUGAUGUGGUCAUGGAUGACCUAGUAGAGGUCCACCAAGUGUCCAAAGAAUAUCUCAAAUCUGUUUGCACUAAGUAUGUGAUAAAGUGGUGGGUCCUAGAUAAGUUUUCAAUGGCAGCAUUUUCUUCUCCUACACCAUACCAGUUUAGUCACUUUUUCAAGAGUUUGUCUAAGAAUCAAGGAAGGAUUUACUUUGCAGGAGAACACACAGCCCACCCCCAUAGCUGGAUGGAAGCAGCAAUGAAAUCAGCUGUUAGGGCAGCCAGUAGUAUUCAUCAUGGUACCAAUAAUAUUUUGCCAGCUUUAUAAAAAGAAGCCUUGAUGAUGGCCAGCCCUCAUGAAACUCUAGGUGUGGAGUCAGAGGUCAUACUGUGGGAAAACCAAGGAUCCUGCUGGUCCUCACUCUGACUCUUUGGAAACACCUCCCUGAAAGAUCCAUUAAAUUCCAUAUAACUACAGCCUAUUGGAUACCACUGGCCUCUGGACCCCUUUUCAUUCAACCUCCAAGCUCCACAACACCCAGAGUCCCCACCCUGUUUAUCUGUCCCUCAUGGGGUAUUUCUAGUGCUGACAUGCCUCUCCAGCAUCACCCUGGCUUGAGCUGUGGUGCUCUGCAUGGAGCCUCUAUGGUUACCUCUGCAGCAACCAGCAGGCUCUUUCAGUGGGAAGGAUGAAUGAGUGGUGCCCACUUUCCCCACUGCUCAAGCCUGUUCCCACUGGGCCAGUGGUAGGAAAAAAAGGGCAGAUGCUGGCCUAGCCCACAAAAUGGUUUUUCUAAGUUGCCCUUAGAUCAAAAAGUUUGACCACAUCUGCUGUAAUAGUUGAAAAUUCUUUUUUUCCAAGAGAGCUGGUGUAGCAUAGUGGUUACAUGGCUGGACUGUGAAUCAGCACUCCAUUCGUUUGACUCCCAUUACCCUCAUGUAUUCUGCAGGUGGCCCUGGGUAAGCCCCUCCUCUCAAUCCCAGCUCCCAAGCUGUAUUGGGAUAAUUAUAACACUGACUUUGUUCAUUUCUCUGAGUGUGGUACUACUCUGUCCUGAAGGGUGGUAUAUAAGCACGCUGUUAUUAUUAUUACUAUUGGUGCUGCUGCUGCUGCUGCUGCUGCUGCUACUACUACUACUACUACUACUACUACUACUACUAUAAUUAUUAUCCAGAAUUCAAUGGCUUGUAUCUUGCCAAUCUACUGGGCAAAGUUUGAA